AUGGCGAACCGCGCAGAAAAUCUUCCAGCGAGAUGGAAAUAUCUCCAGAACAUCGUUAGCCGCCAUGGUCCAUUCACGGACCCCGACUGGGAGCCUAGCGCGGCUACGCUUGACGCCCUGGCAAGCAUGAAGGUUUUGGUCAUUGGCGCCGGAGGGCUUGGCUGCGAGAUCCUCAAGAACCUUGCGCUCUCUGGAUUCAAGGACAUCUACGUUAUCGACAUGGACACGAUUGACGUCUCAAACCUGAACCGUCAAUUUCUAUUCCGUCAAGCCGACGUUGGAAAGUACAAGGCCGAAGUCGCGGCCCGCUUCGUGGAGAAGCGAGUCAAAGGUGUCAAGAUCACGCCUUACUGCGGCAAAAUACAGGACAAGGACGAGGAUUUCUACAUGCAGUUUGCUUUGGUGGUAUGCGGGCUGGACAGCAUUGAGGCGCGCCGGUGGAUCAAUGCCACGCUCGUUGGCAUGGUCGAUGCGGAGAACCCAGAUUCUCUGAAGCCGUUGAUUGACGGUGGAACGGAAGGCUUCAAGGGCCAGGCGCGUGUCAUUCUCCCGACUAUGACGUCUUGUAUAGAGUGCCAGCUGGACAUGCACGCCCCGCGUGCUGCGGUUCCUCUGUGUACGCUUGCUACCAUCCCAAGACAGCCGCAGCAUUGCAUCGAGUGGGCGCACAUCAUAGCUUGGGAGGAAGAGCGCAAGGGAGAUACGCUUGACACCGAUGACCCCGAGCAUAUCACCUGGCUCUACAACAAGGCUCUUGCUCGCGCCGACGAGUUCAACAUUCCUGGCGUCACGUACUCAAUGACUCAGGGCGUGGUCAAGAACAUCAUCCCUGCAAUUGCAUCGACCAACGCGAUUGUUGCCGCGGCAUGCUGCAACGAAGCCUUCAAGAUCGCCAGCAACACCAACCCGCCCCUUGGGCUCCCGGACAGUGGAAAUGGCAACUACAUGUACUAUACUGGCGAUGACAGCGUGUACACUUACACAUUCGAGCAUGAGAAGAAGGACGACUGCCCCAUUUGCGGUAAUCUCGCCAGGACGCUUGAGGUCGACUCGGCGAACUCGUUGGAGGAAUUCCUGGAAAGCCUCGCAGAGCGGCCGGAGACGCAAUUCAAGAAGCCGAGCAUUCGAUCGGAAGCCAAGACGCUUUACCAGCAGUUUCCUCCAAGCCUGGAAGAGCAGACACGACCGAAUCUUCAGAGAAAGCUGGCUGAUUUAGUUGCGAGCGGAGAGGAAGUGGUUGUCACAGACCCGGCAUUUGCGACGGUUUUCAAGUUCAAGCUGGUGUUCAAGGAGUGA